AUGGCCACGUAUAUACCAGGAGGAUCAAGAUCCAUUGGUUCGGGCCACUGGCUAUGGGGGGGAAUAAAUGGGGUUGCAACAAAAAUGCCAGGAAGGGGUAGAAGAAGUGGAGGAAAUUGUGGAAGAAGUGGAGGGAGGAGGGCGGAAAAAGGAAGAGCGAAAGGGUUAGGAGGAAAAAAUGAAGGGGGAGAAGGAGGAAAAUUGGGUAGGGUGGAAGAAAUUGAAGAGGAGUGGGAAGGGGGAGUGGAAAUAAGAGGGGGGACGUUUGAAGGUCCCGGAAUAGGGGAAGAAAUAGGAAAGGGGACGUUUGAAGGUCCCGGAAUAGGGGAAGAAGAGGGUGAAGGAGUAGGUGUAAACUUAGGAGGGGAAAGGUUGGGAGAGUGUUGA